GGCCAGUUCCCUCUUCAUUUGGCUGCCAGAGGGGGGUUUAUGGGAAUAAUUGGCCUCCUCAUCAGCAGAGGGGCUAGACUAGAUGCCAAAGACACUUGCGGCCGGACUGCUCUGCACCAUGCGGCCGAGGCUGGGCAUCUUGAGGCUGUCGGCAUGCUGCUUUCUGUCGGAGCAAACCCGUUUCUGGUAGACAGCGAAGGGUGCAACAGCUUGCAUAUCGCUGCUCGUAAGGGACGAGAGGAUAUAGUGCGUGUGUUGAUGGAGCGGGGGAUGGAUCCGAAU